CACUACAGACGUAACCUUAGUAAAAUUUAUAGAGCCUAGGGUUCCAUUUUGACUUGAAACUUGAAAGACGUAUCUGAUCAAACUCUUUUUUUUCUGCUGAAAUAUCUGAUCAAACUCAAUCGAUUGUUUGUUUGGAAAAGAAAAAUGUCUAAGGAGCACCAAAUUCAAAUUCCCAGAGUGAAAUUGGGAAAACAGGGAUUAGAGGUUUCCAAGUUAGGUUUUGGAUGUUGCGGCCUUUCUGGAGUUUACAAUGAUCCUCUCCCAGAGGAAGCUGGAAUUUCUGUCAUUAAGGAAGCUUUUAAUCGGGGAAUAACCUUUUUUGAUACAUCUGAUUCAUACGGACCCAUUACUAAUGAGAUUCUGGUGGGAAAGGCUUUGAAGCAAUUGCCCAGAGAGAAAAUCCAGCUUGCUACCAAAUUUGGUGUUGUUAAGGUUGCUGUCAGUGGUGUGCAAGUUAAUGGCUCCCCUGAAUAUGUAAGGAAGUGUUGUGAAGCUAGUCUUAAGCGUCUUGAUGUGGACUACAUUGAUCUGUAUUAUCAGCACAGAGUGGACAAAUCGGUACCGAUAGAGGACACUAUGGCGGAACUUGUGAAGUUAGUGGAAGAGGGAAAGAUAAAGUAUAUUGGAUUAUCUGAAGCAAGUCCAGAUACUAUAAGAAGGGCACAUGCUGUUCAUCCAAUUACAGCAGUACAAAUGGAAUGGUCUUUGUGGACUCGCGAUAUCGAAGAAGAGAUAGUCCCACUUUGCAGGGAACUUGGCAUUGCAAUAGUAGUUUAUAGCCCUCUUGGUUGUGGGUUUUUUGGUGGCAAGGCUGUUACAGAAAGCAUUCCUGCAAAUAGUUUCUUGAUUGGACAACCAAGGUUCACUGGUGAAAAUUUAGAGAAGAACAAGGUUCUAUACAAGAGAGUUGCUAACUUGGCUGCUAAGCAUGGCUGCACUCCAGCUCAAUUAGCUUUGUCUUGGGUUCUCCAUCAAGGGGAUGAUGUGAUUCCAAUCCCAGGGACAACCAAGCUCAAGAAUCUAGAUGAAAAUAUUGGAUCCUUGGCAGUGAAAUUCACAAUAGAGGAUGUCAAACAGAUUUCUGAUGCUGUUCCUAUUGAUGAAGUAUCAGGUGCUAGAAUUAGUGAGAAAAUAGACUUGCACUCGUGGAAGUUUGCAAAUACACCUACUAAAAAUAGCAACAUACUGGCAUAGGUUGUGAUUGGGCCAAUCAUAACUAUCCUUAGCCAUGUUAAGAGAUUUUAAAUCCUUAAUUGUUGUAUAUGUUUUAUGUGUAAUUUAUUGCCCCUGAGUAGCAAACUUUUUUGUUGCACCAUAAAAAACUUAAAACAAACAUAAUAUAGUACUUAUCAACUUUGAUAAGAUAUAUGUUUCAAAAAGUGUUUGUAAGGUAUAAUAGGUGUGGCAAUUACCUACUGUUCCAGACAUUAAUCAACUGGCUAUGUCUCUAUUA